AUGGCACCGUCCGGCACAGUUCAGACCGGAAUUAUAUACCAAGCCUUGAUACAGAGUAAUUGUCACGCGUUCCUCGGCGGUAAUGUCGAGGUUGAUGUCAUUUCCCAACUUGAUGCCGCCGCCUACCGCUGGAAGGUGCAUGUCAUCAAGACAGAGGAUGGAUUCCGAACCAUUGUGCUGAGCGCAUCAGCGCCGACGUUGCAGCGGGCUUUCGAGGACCUCCACCGGAAGUCCGCCCAGGCCGUGGGCGAGUACGUUCUUAGGAAAGGGUUUGACCCUUUGCCGGGGAAACCGACCGAUGAGAGAGACGGCCCGGAGAGGGACAUAUCCACACUAGGAUUCGCGUCUCCGAUGGGCAUGAAAGUGGCAAGACACUGUUCGCCAGAUUCGCACUUUGAAUCCCCCAAGUCCUGGUCGAGCUCCGACUCGGAGGGGGACAGCGACUCGCUCCACAUGUCUUCGAGCUGGUCUCCAGAUUAUUUCGAGGCAUACCGACCCCCUGUCAUGACCAACGAGCCAUUGAGUAGGCAUGAAAUACUUGCGGGUGGUGGCGCAGAUGGAUCCUUGCCAUCACCGGGUCUGCCGCCUCGUCUGGACGCUGCCCCCCGGCCCCCACGAGGAGUCGUCGGGCCACCACCCAAGGCUCGGCACUGGCCUACGACAUUGCGACAGAUGGGUGGGACGGCGGAAGGAAACAUGGCACAUGCAUCACCGCCACUGCCACUGCCAGGCAUGCUGUGCACCGGUGGCCCGGCGCACAAAGCCACCCCUGUUGUCGAUGUGUGGCUUCCGGCACCGGCGCCGACGACCACCACGGCCACGGACACUUGCAAGCCCAGCGCCUUCAAGGCCAGCAUCGACGGUGGACGAGGUGUCAUGCUUACCAUCGACUGGGAGGACCACGGCGAAGCCACGUUUCUGGAGCACUGUGAUCUCGAGGCCGAGGCGAUCAAAGCCAAGGUGUUGCACCUCCUGGCCACCAGACGACUGGCCUUUGGCAGCUCCUCGGCAUCCGCCAGGCCGUCACCCACGGCGGUCGAGAAGGUGAAGGUAAAGCAGAUCAAGAUGGACGGCAGCCUGUACCAUGUCGGGUGCGACAUGCAAGAUGAGUUGUCCAUGCUGCUAGCGUCGGAGCCUGCGGCGCGAGUGAUACAGGUGUUCGUCAAGGUCGAUGCCUGUGCUUCUCCCGUCAACGAGUAA